UAUUAACAAGGCCUCACAAAACGAAUAAUUUUGGCAAUUUUCUAAGACACCCUGUUGUUUCCCCGCCUCGAAUAAAUUUGCUGCAAAUAUUCCAUUGCUGCUCGAGACUAGUUGUUUACAAUUAUGGCCGACCAAAGAACCUUAAUAAUUGACAACGGAUCCUACAAGUGUCGUGUUGGUUUUUGUAAUUCCGAUGGCCCCUUGUUUGAAUUUCGCAAUUUAAUAGCCAAGCCGCGGAAGGACAAGAAAAAGGAAUGCCUAACAAUUGCGGAAAAUGCUUUUCAAAUUGGCGAUGAAAUUGAUGUGGACGCAAUGCGCCUUCUUCUGAAAACCCAGUUUGAGAGAAAUGUUGUAACCCAUCCCGUAUAUCAAGAACAUAUAUUUGAUUACAUCUUGGGUAGAUUAGCACCAGAAGGAGACUGGCAACCACAACCUGUUUUGAUAACUGAGCCGUUGGCAAAUCCCAAUUAUUGUAGGCAAAAUAUGAAUGAAUUACUCUUUGAAUGCUAUGGAGUACCUUCUGUUUGCUAUGGUAUCGAUUCUGUUCUUAGUUGGCAACAUAAUAGACAAACGAAUGAGGAAAAUGGGCUUAUAGUAAAUUUUGGUUAUCACACAACACACGUAGUUCCUAUUUUAAAAGGCCAAUUAAAACGUGAUAAAGUGCGCCGCUUAAACUUGGGCGGAUUUCAAAUGAUAUCUUACUUGUAUCGUCUAUUGCAAAUGAAAUACCCUGCCCAUUUAAAUGCUAUCUCGUGGACACGCAUGGAGGAUAUAUUUCAUAAUCACAGUUUCGUUGCUCUCGAUUACUUGGCUGAAUUGAGGAAAUGGGAUAAUUUGGACUAUUAUAAUAACAAUGUGAAGAAAAUUCAACUGCCCUAUACACCACCGGCGGCACCUAAUCCAAUGGCGGCUGAAGAAAAAUUGAAAAAGCGGAAAGAAAUGGCAAGACGGUUAGUUGAAGCCAAUCAAAAACGACUAAGGGAAAAGAAAGGCGAAGAGAUAAUGACCGAAGCCACUACCGUAGCACCUUCAGCUAGCACAAGUUCAAGUCGAACUUCAAAAUAUCAACCACCAACAGAUAUUCCUUUGGAGACAUGGCUUAAUGACAUUAAGAAGAAACAUACAGAUAUUGUGGAAAAGAAAGCGAAUCGCAGCAAGCGCAGACAAGAAAUGGUCAAAAGACAUACCUUGGCAUCUCAGGAACGAAUGCGCAUAAUCUCCCUAUUGGCAUCUCACGAUAAGGGAUCGGAUGAAUUUGGCAAAGAUGACAAAGAUUGGGAUGUAUAUAAAAAAAUAAGCCAUGAGAAUGAAAGUGAUAGUGACGCCGAAAAUGAAAAAUUAAUGGAGUACGAGGGAAUAAUGAAAUAUCACCAAGCUUCUAUGGAAAAGGACAAUGACUCCAUUGAAAACACAGCGGAGUUAUAUCAGCUUCAUGUAGGUGUUGAAUCAUUAAGAGCUCCAGAACUGUUAUUUCAACCUAGUAUGAUUGGAAUGUGCGAGACUGGACUAUCAGAUCUCUUAAAGUUCGUGUUUGAUUCUAUGCCAUCAGAAGACCAACAAACGUUGGCCGACAAUGUUUUUAUUACUGGAGGCUGUUCUCAAUUACCAGGUCUUAGAGAUCGUUUGCUUAAAGAGUUGCAAGAAAUGCGGCCUUUUCAAUCCACGUUUUCAGUACGACAGGGCAAAAAUGCUACCUUAGACGCAUGGUGGGGAGGAAAGGAUUUAGUCAACUCUCCUUGUAUUGGGUCUUGUAUAACAACAAAAGACGAUUACUUGGAGAAUGGAACGGAAUAUUUUAAAGAUUAUCCCACAAGCAAUAAAUAUUUUCCCACCCCAAGAGUUACAUCUAAUAUAUAAAUAUUAAAUACUAUUAGACAUCGAAA